AAACCAAAAAAUCAGCUGAUCAACCAUGGUAGUGGAAACUGACCCUAAAAAGCAUUUAAACCCGUCGGGUUGAAAAUUGUAAUUCUUGGGGAAGAACUGCAGGUUUCUUGGGACUGUUACAUAUGACACAAUUGCCAUAGAUUUAAGCUGUUAACACCUUAUGCCUCUCUACAAGCUUUAUUUGUUCAUAAACGUUGACCAGUGAUGGUAUUUGAGGUAAGGAAUUCCACAUAAGAGGUCAGAGGACAGUUGAAUGAUCUAAUGGAGUCAAAAGCUGGCAAAACGUCUGGUAGUAAAUCUUUAUUUUAUGAAGCUCCCCUAGGUCGUUUGCCCAAGUGGUGGCCUCAGGAAGUUCAAAUCUGCUGCUUUCUCCAACUUAACUUAUCAUCAUUCCAAAAAAACGAAACUAACACCAUGGAAACCCUUUGAAUUAGGGUUCAUCUCUCUUGUUGUUCAUGGCUAACUUAAGAUGCGCUACAAAUGAAACCCAUUUAGUGAAAACAGUUUGCGCAGUUGUACUAAAAGGUUGUUCUUGGGACCUUCUAUUAAAACCCAGAAUCGGUUCAGUCAUUUCCUCAAUCUCUGUCAAUCAGAUACUUCAGAAUCUCUCCCAACACGGAUCUUCUUCUUUCAUCUCUUGGAACUUCUUCAAAUGGAUUGAACUGAAUCCUGAUUACAAGCAUUCGUUACAAUCUUCAUGGACCAUGAUUCACAUUUUGACAAAACACAGACACUUCAAAAGCGCACACCAACUGCUCGACAAAAUUGCUCUGAGAGAUUUUUUAUCAUCAACCUCGGUUUUAAAUGCCCUCUCCACUACUUGCGAUGACCAAGAUGUGAAUUCUCAUGUCUUGAGCUGGUUAAUCAUCUUCUAUGCAAAUUCAAAGAUGACCCAAGAUGCAAUUCAAGUGUUUGAACACAUGAGGGUCCAUGGUUUAAAGCCACAUUUACCUGCUUGCACUGUUUUGCUGAAUUCAUUGGUUAAAGAGAGGCUGACAGAUACAGUUUGGAAGUCUUACAAGAAAAUGAUCAAGAUUGGGAUACUUCCAAAUUUGCAUAUCUACAAUGUCUUGAUUCAUGCUUGUUGCAAGUCUUCUGAUAUUGAAAAAGCAGAAGAAUUGUUAAGUGAGAUGGAGAUUAAAUCUGUUUCUCCUGAUCUUUUUACUUAUAACACAUUGAUAUCAUUAUAUUGCAAGAAAGGUAUGCAAUAUGAGGCUUUGUGUAUUCAAGAUAGAAUGGACAGAUCAAAUAUUCAUCCCGACAUUAUAACCUAUAAUUCCUUGAUCUAUGGGUACUGUAAACAAGGUCGAAUGAGGGAGGCAUUAAGAAUGUUCAAAGAAAUGAAAGACACAAAUCCAAAUCAUGUAACCUACACUACUUUAAUCGAUGGGUAUUGUAGAGUCAACAGUUUUGACCAAGCUUUGACCUUGCGUGAGGAAAUGGAAGCUAAAGGGUUGUCUCCUGGGACUGUUACAUAUAACACAAUUCUGCGUAAGUUAUGUGAAGAUGGAAGAAUAAAGGAUGCAAACAAAUUGUUGAAUGAAAUGAGUGAGAAAAAGGUUGUUCCUGAUAACAUCACUUGCAACACACUGAUUAAUGCUUAUUGCAAGAUUGGAGAUAUGAAGUCUGCUUUAAAAGUUAGAGGUACAAUGUUGAAUGCAGGAUUGAAACCUGAUUCGUUUACUUACAAGGCAUUGGUUCAUGGAUUUUGCAAGAUUAAAGAAAUUGAAAAUGCUAAAGAGUUUGUUUUUUGUAUGCUUAAUGAUGGAUUAUCUCCAAAUAAUUGCACCUAUUCAUGGCUUGUGGAUCUUUACUGCAAUUUAAGCAAUGAAGAGAUGGUUUUGAAGUUACCUGAUGAGUUUCAUCAGAAGGGUAUAAUUGUUGAUAUUUCGGUUUAUAGGGCACUAAUAAGGAGAUUAUGUAAAAGAGAGAGGGUUGAUUAUGCUCAAAGAUUAUGUGAUAUUAUGCAGGAUAAAGGGAUAUUAGGAGAUAGUGUUGUGUUUACUAGUUUGGCUUAUGCAUACCUGAAAGCAGGUGAUAUAGAUAAUGGUUUGAAGAUUUUUGAUGAGAUGUACAAGAAGAGGUUGAUGAUCACUCACAAAAUCCACAAAAGUUUUGCUGCUAGUUAUGCUGAUGAUAAGGGUAUUUUGGGAAGUUUUUGGAAUCUUGCUGUUGAAAGAGGCUUAAUUUCAAGAAGUACCUUGAAACAGAUCCAUAAGGAUCAAGAUUAUGCGUAGGAAGCAAACCUUGUAAUCAUGGAGUUAAUUAUUAGCGGCCCCUGUUCUUUAAUUAAAUAUUACUUCUACUCUUUUGAUCGUUGAAUAUUGUUUAUUGUUUUCAGUUUA